CGUGACUGGACCUCACGUCCGUUCCGUUCGGAAUAGCAGACGCGUUAUGUGCCUGAUGCACCGGAUCAUCCUCCGAAAGCCGUGACGAAGAGAGACGCCAUCUUGUGAACGACUUUGCGAAGAACGCCGAUAUCGAAGAAUACGUAUCUUUCUCGAAGAACGCCUUCUCGGAAUACCUCGCUGUUGCUUGCUUAGUUACAUCGCCUCUCAUUUUGAACCUCUCCCUUUCACAUCUCGAUAUCGAUCAAUCACGAUGGCUUCUCCGCCGUACGCAACCUCUCCAUCAGGAAUGUCACCUCCCUACCCAUCACCCGCUCAGAUUCCCAACAAGAAGCGCCCAUCAACUCUCGACGGCUCCGCACCUCCUCACAAGCGCCGCAAACCCUCCCAGACCUCCGUCUCAACCAGCUCCGCAGCGCAUCCUCUUCGCCAAACAUCCUUCCCUCCCGAAGCACGAUCUCCAUUCCCACGCUCUCCAUCCGUAGAUGCCCAGUCCCAUGUGAGCGGCAGCGCAGUGAGCACAACAGCCAGCGCAGCACCGAAGAAGAAACGCGGCCGCAAGGCGAAGAACGCCAAGGCAGAUGAUGCUCGUGAACAGACGCCCAGUCUUGUCGGAGGACGGGCGCCUACUGCUGUGAGCGGACAAGGGGGUGAGAAGGAGGAUGACGAUGAGGAUGAUGAAAAGGCUGAGAUGGCGCUGGAGGACGUCGUUGCCAGAACGCAGGAGCAGAAGCAGGAGGAGAUUCGACUGCGAGCUAUGCUUGUUGAGGCUUUUGAUUCUCAGCAGUAUAACCGAUAUGAGCUCUGGCGUGCAGCUAAAUUGGCUGAUAGUGUCGUCAAACGAGUCGUCAACGCCACGGUCUCUCAAUCGGUCCCGCAGAACGUUAGCACAGCUGUCAAAGCAGUGGCUAAGCUCUUCGCUGGUGAGAUCAUCGAAGCCGCUCGCAAUGUACAGGGAGAAUGGAUCCACGCUGGAGAGAAGCAGAGCGAACUACCUACACCUCCACCCUCGACAAACGACGACCCUGCUGCAGCAGAGGAAGAGAUUGAUCUCAAGCGCGGUCCCCUCCGACCCGAUCAUCUACGCGAGGCCUGGCGCCGCUACAGACUAUCUGGAGAGAGCCGCGGUGUAGGCGUGCAGCAACUCUGGCAUGCCCAGCAGGGCGAUGGAGUUGAGCGCUUUUCGACUCGUACAGGAAAGCGACUUUUCAAGUAAGCUAUGACGAAUGACAGGCAGCUACGAUAAGGAUGAAAAGGCUGCGAUGCAAGAAAAAGAGCGAGUCACGAUGGGCGGAAAGGAGAUUGCACAGGAUGAUCGCCAAGACAUGGUCCAGAUGAGUGACAUAGACCUGACUUGGCAGAUAUGGAGAUGGGAUGGAUUCUUUCAAGCGUAAUAAUGAUACCCCCAAAAAUCCUGAAACAAAACAGGAAAUGGAACUUUGUACAAUACUACCCAAAUCAAGAACAUGAAUAAGGCAUAUGCCAAGAAGCGUCGUUUAUCGGAAAUAACAAUGACCCGAAUGAAUACUCAGUCAUUUGAUA